AUGGGCAAUAAAAUGGGGAUAAAUUCGCGCCGUCGUAAGCAGUCUGUAAGCAGCCGAAAAGUUAGUAGACCAUCUCCCGGAUCAAGUUUUUCACUCGAAGAACCACAAGCAUCAGAAUAUUCAAAGGAUAAACGUGUGGAUGAUAUCCAACAAUUUUAUAAUCAUAUGCGACAUUUAUGGCAGGGUUGCUUUUCGGCACAUGUAGAAGAAUCACUUAUACGAGGAUCACUCGUGCUAGAUAUUGGAUGUGGCACCGGAAAUUGGCUAAAAGAGAUGGCGACUGAAUACAAAUACAGUGAAUUCAUAGGCGUCGAUAUUCUACCGCUUCCUGACGAUGUAAAUAGACUCAAGAACAUUAAUUUUGUACAAUCAGAUGCCUUGGAAUUCUUACCAUUUGAGAACAAUUAUUUCGAUUAUGUUCGAAUAAGUAAUAUGUCUAUGUGUUUUCCAGAAAACGAGUGGGGAAAAUUAUUGAAUGAAAUGGCGAGAGUUUUAAAACCGGGAGGAUAUGUAGAAAUAGAGGAACCAGAUUUGGAAUUGUAUAAUCGAGGACCAAUCGCAGAUUAUUUAAUGUCAUAUUUUUUAGAAUCUUACGCUCAGUAUGGAAUAAACGUUAAACUUUACAAAAGACUAGAACUCUACCUCGCCUCUACAAACCAGUUCACCGGUGUCGAAUGGGAUCACAAAACGCUCUCAUUUUCUUCGCUCAUCGAUUUAACUGGAGUGUCUUUAAGCGAAAUCAUGUCAUACUAUUUUGCCGGUAAUUUAGAUUUGACAUCCCAACUUGCUGGGCGUAUGGCUGUCGAAGAGCGAGAGCUGAAGAGUAUGUAUAACCAAAUGCAAAAUGAGAUGAAAUCUUACGAUUCUAAACUACAUUAUUACAGAUUUUGGGGAAGAAAAAUAUCCAUGUAA